UAUCCCAGCACUACAAAAAGGAAAACAGUAGUAUUAAGAGAGGUCACUUGUCGUUGCUCAUUUGGAAUACUGAAUGCUAGCAUCUAUGGUUUCCCUUGUUGUGUAACUAGACUGUGAGGAUAGAAGAGUCUAAAUGCCCUUUGCUCUCUUUGGGUAACUGAACUCUUAAAUGCUCAUUUCCAGAGCAGUGACUGAUCAAGCUUGGUGCACUGUGAGCUUUUGUGAUCAUUUUCCAGCAAUAGCUUUAUUUGUACAAUCUCACACCUGAAGAAGAAAGAAAAAUGGCUUGUACUGAAUUUUCUUUUCAUAUGCCAAGUCUAGAGGAGCUUGCUGAAGUUAUGCAAAAGGGGCUAAAAGAUAACUUUGCUGAUGUGCAGGUCUCUGUAGUUGAUUGCCCUGAUUUGACUAAAGAACCAUUUACCUUUCCUGUAAAAGUUUAUCCAGUUGUACAAGCAGAGAGUGAGCACAACCCUCCUGUGAAUGGCAGUUACUUUGCCCGUGUUAACCCUGAAGAUGGAAGGUGCCGUCUAGAGAAGUACAGUGAAAAACAUCAUGAUUUUGGAUGUGCAUUACUGGCUAAUCUUUUUGCCAGUGAGGGCCAACCUGGCAAGGUCAUUGAGGUAAAAGCCAAAAGAAGAACUGGACAGCUCAACUUUGUGACUUGUAUGAGACAGACUCUGGAAGAACAUUACGGAAACAAGCCCAUAGGGAUGGGAGGCACUUUCAUAGUGCAGAAGGGAAACGUGAAGGCUCACAUUAUGCCUGCAGAAUUUUCUCCCUGCCCAUUGACCUCUGAUGAACAGGUGAAUAAAUGGUUGAAUUUUUAUGAGAUGAAGGCUCCUUUGGUUUGUCUACUAGUUUUUGUCUCCAGAGACCCAGGGUUUGAUUUGCGGCUGGAACACACCCACUUUUUUAGUCGUCAUGGAGAAGGUGGACACUACCACUAUGACACUACUCCAGAUACAGUGGAAUAUCUCGGAUACUUCACUCCCGCCCACUUUCUCUAUCGCAUUGAUCAACCGAAAGAGACCCAUUCAUUUGGGAGAGAUUAAAUCAGCCAAUGCGUGUUUAAAAAAGAAAUGAUUAACUAAGGUUAAUUAACUAACUCAAUACUUGGUAUUAAUACAAAAUCCAAUAGAAGUUAUCUCAGUACUGAAAUCCUUUUUU